UCAAGCUAGCACUAAUUAACCAAGUCUUAAUUAAAUGGAUUGGUUUUCUAAGAUUUGCACUCUUGUAAUCUUCUUCCUUGGUACCCUUAUCUAUAAUGUGUUCUCUCUCUCAAUCAGUUUAAACGAUGUCGAAUGCGUGUCGGAGCACGCUCAAUCCGGGGACUCUGUGACUGGGAACUUCGUUGUCAUGGACCAUGACAUUUUUUGGAGCUCAGACCAUCCUGGAAUUGAUUUCACCGUGACAAACCCAGGAGGGAAUGCGGUACACUCAUUGAAGGGAACUUCAGGGGACAAGUUUGAGUUCAAAGCGCCACAAAAUGGAAUUUACAAGUUCUGCUUUCACAAUCCUAUGUCUACCCCGGAGACUGUCUCUUUCUACAUUCAUGUUGGUCACAUCCCAAGCGAGCAUGACUUAGCUAAAGAUGAGCAUUUGGACCCAAUAAACGUGAAGAUUGCGGAGUUGAGAGAAGCAUUGGAGUCUAUCAUAACAGAGCAAAAGUACUUGAAAGCACGUGAUAAUAGACAUCGAUAUACAAAUGAGAGCACAAAAACACGUGUUAUCUUCUACACAGUGUUGGAGUAUAUUUUAUUAGCUGUUACAAGCAUAUUACAAGUAGUAUACAUUCGUCGCCUCUUCAGCAAAUCGUUUGCCUACAACCGAGUGUAGGCUUCCUAAUGUUUCAUAGUAGUUCUCAUUUCAUUAUUGUUGUGCUUCUCAUUCAUCUCACUUAUUUUUGUAACUUCUCUGUGAUGAAUUUCUCCAUUUGAGUUUUUUUUUUCUUUAAUAUUUUAG